AUGGCAGGAAAGGAGGCAAAGAGAUGGGACGCAGUUCAGCCCUCAAAGAGAUUUUUAAGAAGUGCAGGGCCAAGACACAAUAGCUUAAAAAUAGUGGGAUCUGUUGUAUUUCCAGAAAAUAGCAGUGUACAAAUAUCACCAGCAGGAACUUUAAUAUUGAGACACUUCAACCUGAGUGGAAUUUACACUUGUUCCAUUGUUUAUAAGCUAACAGCAACGCAACCUGAUAAAAACCUUGUAAUAAAGUAUCUUAUUUAUGCUUAUUCUGAUCCUAGAAAUUACUAUGAGUUCACAGCCCAGUAUCAUGCAGCCCCCUGCAACAGUUCUCAUAAUACUUCUUUUGAGAAAGCAUUGCUUCAGAUACUAAGCAAACUCGUUGCUGACCUUUCUUGUAAGGUUACAUUAAUUAAGUCAGAAUGCCAUCAUGUAAAAAUGCAGAGAGGAGGUCUACAGAAUGAAAUCUUCUUUACAUUUUCAGAAAAACACAACAGGCUAUGUCAGCAAACUGCUUGUGAUGCAUCUCAGAGACUAAACGAGGCAAAACACCUUAUAGAGACAUUUUUUAAGCAACAAGUGGAAGUUAGCAGGAAAAGUUCUGAACCGUUGCCUGAAAUAUACUACAUUGAAGGUACUCUGCAAAUGGUAUGGGUUGAUCGCUGCUUUCCAGGGUAUGCAAUGAAUGCUCUAAUACAUCCAGGCUGUCCAGAGUGUUGUGUUGUAUGCAGCCCAGGAUCAUACAAUCCUAGUAAUGGAAUUCACUGUCUUCGGUGCGACAGAAGUUUGAUAUAUGGAGCAACAAAGUGCUAA